CUACCUGCGCUCACUACCCGUCGCGGCUCCUCCGGUGUGCAGUCGUGCGCUUCCUCUUCCGUCCUGAAGCCGUUUACACCGUGAACCGGACCCGGUACCGACACGCCGAGGAGAGACCUGCUCACCUGUCGCUGCCAUGACGUCGUGCCGGUGACGUCCGCAGCGCGCGAGACGCGAGGGGAGAAAACGGAAUAAAUAACAUCAGCAAUAGCAACAAAUAGGACACUUCACACCAUUAUGGAUCUGUUGCCCUCAGGACGGAAGUUCAGCCCGAGACAGGACCAGGACUCGGACCCCGCCAUGCAGUUCCUGCCGGCUUCAGACCCGCAGCGGCUGCAGAAGAAGCCGGGCCGACGGAGGAAGACGUGGAUCGGAGUCGGCUUGCUGCUCGCUGCGACCAGCGUGGCUCUGCUGACCGGACUGCUGGUGUGGCACUUCCACCUACGCAGUGACAUCCGGGUGAAGAAGCUCUACAUCGGCUCCAUGGAGAUCCAGAACCAUGUCUACGUGGAGGACUACGAGGAUCCCGAGAGCUCGGGCUUCUCUCACCUGGCCUCUCUGGUGGGUCAACAGCUGAAACUGAUCUACUCCAAAAACUCCGUGCUGGCGAAACACUUCAAAGGCUCCUCGGUGCAGGCCUUCAGCGAAGGGGGCGGGGUCGGGGGGGGCGUGGUUGCGUACUACCAGUCGGAGUUCGACGUGCACGUCCUCCAGCAGGCGUCCCUGGACGCCGCCGUGGAGUCCCUGGAGGUCGGAGGUCAGCAGAGGCGAGGGCGACUGCUGCUGAGGCCCAGCGAUGCGCUCGAGGUCAACAACGUGGUGUCGAGAGCCAUCGACCCACGCAUGACCAGGAAGUCUCUGUCGGUGAGGAAGCCCUUCAACGUGCACGUGGGCGGGGGGGGGGAGGUCCAGUCUCCAGGCUUCCCAGACUCCUCGUACCCCCCCAACGUGUACCUGCAGUGGCGGCUGAGGGCGAAGCCUGGCCACCGGGUCCGCCUGGACUUCCACACCCUCAUCCUGGAGGACGACUGCCAGAAGGACUUUGUCCAGAUCUACGACUCGCUGGCCCCGUUGAGGGAGCGGGUCCUGACAGAGCAGUGUGGGUACCCUCACGAGUCUCUCUCCUUCAUCUCCUCUGGAAACGUGCUGCUGCUCCUCUUCAUCACCAGCGAGCAGCAGAACUUCCCCGGCUUCAGGGCCAACUUCUCCCAGAUCCCAGCGGGGGGGCUCGAGUGUGGAGGGACGCUGAGGGAGCACCAAGGAUCCUUCUCGUCACCUUUCUUCCCCUCCAACUAUCCUCCAAAGACCGAAUGUGUGUGGAACAUCCAGGCCCCAAAAGAAAUGUUUCUGAAGCUUCAUUUCAAGAAGUUUUUCUUGGGUAACUCCAGUAGCCAAUGCAGCAAUGACUAUGUAGAGGUCAACGGUCAAAGAUUGUGUGGCAGAAAACCCGAAAGCACCGUGGUCACCAGCCGAAGCAACAAAAUGAGCAUCAUGUUCACCUCAGACUCGUCCUACGUGGACCAGGGCUUCACUGCUGAGUACGAAGCCUUCGUCCCGACCAACCCUUGUCCCGGGAGGUUUCAGUGCUCCAACAACCUCUGCAUUAACCAGACGCUGCAGUGCGACGGCUGGAACGACUGCGGAGACGACAGCGACGAGGACGACUGCAAGUGCAAGGCGUCUCAGAUGAAGUGUAGAAAUGGCCGCUGCAAACCCAAGUUCUGGGAGUGUGACGGGUUCGAUGACUGUGGAGACGGCAGCGACGAGGAAAACUGUGGGAAAUGCAAAGCAGGAGAGUUUCUCUGCAGAAACGGCCGCUGCGUCCCACAAAAGUCAAAGUGCAACGGGAAAGACGACUGCUCAGACGGGUCGGACGAGUCCAGAUGUGAGAAGUCCCUGGUGUUGCAGCAGUGCUCUGAGUUCACCUUCCGCUGCAGGAACGGACGCUGCAUCAGCAAACUGAACCCUGAGUGUGACGGGGAGCUGGACUGUGAGGACGGGUCCGAUGAGAAGGACUGCACGUGCGGGAUGAGGCCGUACCAGAGCUCCCGCAUCGUGGGGGGGGAGGCGUCCCGGGAGGGCGAGUGGCCGUGGCAGGUCAGCCUCCACGUGGCCGGCACGGGUCACGUGUGUGGCGGGUCGGUGCUUAGCAACCGUUGGCUGCUGACCGCCGCUCACUGCGUCCAGGACAACGGGCCGAACAAGUACUCCCAGGCCGACCAAUGGGAGGCCCUGCUGGGUCUGCACAUGCAGAGUCAGACCAACGAGUGGACGGUGAGGAGGAAGGUGAGGCGGAUCAUCGCCCACCCGGACUACAACUCCUUCACCUACGACAACGACUUGGCCGUGAUGGAGCUGGACGCCAGCGUCACCCUCAACCAGAACAUCUGGCCCAUCUGUCUGCCCUCCGCCACCUACGACUUCCCAGCAGGCCAAGAAGCAUGGAUCACGGGCUGGGGGGCCACGAGGGAGGGAGGCCUGGCUGCCAGCGUCCUGCAGAAGGCGGAGGUUAGAAUCAUCAACAGCACAGUGUGCAAGAGUCUGAUGGACGACCCAGAGUAACUGACACAGGAA